UAAAAACAAACAAACGAAGCCUCUCCUUCUCACUUUACCUGAACUGUUCCUUCUCUGCUACACUUACGGAAUUUCCAGAUUUACCCUCCGAAUUCCCUCAGAACCACCAUUAUCUCCCUCCAUUUUUGGUCCUCUCAAAUUCCAUCACCAGUCAAAGAUCUUCUUCACUCUGAUCAAUUAAAAAAAACACAGUGAUUUCUCACCUCAUGCGAUGCAUAAAUAGCAACAACGAAGGAAAAAAAGGAGUAGAUUUCAUUGUUGAUGGAUUUGACGGAAGGAGUCGGAGAGAGCUCAUCGCCGCCGAGAAGCUUCGGCAGCUUCAACGGCUACGAUGUCCGAAACGACGUGUUCAAUCGUUUAGUUGAAUCCGGCCACGAACAAGCUGUUUCUGAUCCUGACUUUCGCGAGCUCUUAGAUUCUCACUUCAACCGUUUGCCUGCUAGCUAUGGACUUGAUGUUAAUAUGGAUAGAGUGGAAGAUGUUUUGUUACAUCAGAAGCUGCUUGCAUUGGCCAAGGAUCCGGAAAAGCGGCCAGUUUAUCAUAUCCGCUUCUUGGAGAACCUUUGCGCCAAAGCAGAUGCGAUUGAUGAUCAACAAUAUUUAAAUUCUUUUACUAACCAGUCUUUUGAUGAUGGAGAUAGCGAAAAAGUUGUGCCUUCGAAUAAAAGGAGAAGCAAAGAUCAUCCUGUUGACUUUGAACCCUGCUCUAAGCUUGAGGACCUAAAUUUGGAAAUCAGAAAGAGCUCCAAGUGUGUAGAGGACAUACAUCUCACUGAGAACUUUCCUGAAAGACAAGAAAUUGUACAUAUUCAUGAAGUGAUAUUUUCUACCACCGACAGGCCAAAGCUGCUUAGUCAGCUUUCUGCAUUGCUUUCUGAUAUAGGACUUAACAUUCGUGAGGCACAUGUGUUCUCAACAACUGAUGGCUACUCUUUGAGUGUGUUUGUGGUAGAUGGGUGGCCUAUUGAGGAUACAGAUGGUUUAUAUAAAGCUAUGGAAAAAGCGGUUGCUAGAAGCAAGGGGUCGUAUUCUGGAUCUUCACAUUCUCCUCCAGAUAUAAAUGAUGCAUUAGCAACACAAGAAAACUCUGGAGAUUGGGAGAUAGAUAGAAGACUUCUGAAGAUGGGAGAAAGAAUUGCGUGUGGGUCUUGUGGAGAUCUGUAUCGUGGUAUCUAUCUUGGGCAAGAUGUUGCGGUUAAAAUUCUUAGAUCUGAGCAUUUGACUGAUACUCUUGAAGAUGAGUUUGCUCAAGAGGUGGCAAUCCUACGCGAAGUCCAGCACAAAAAUGUUGUCCGUUUUAUUGGUGCCUGUACAAAGUCUCCUCAUUUGAGCAUAGUAACAGAGUACAUGCCUGGGGGAAGCCUGUAUGACUAUUUGCAUAAGAAUCAUAAAGUCUUGAAGCUCUCUCAGCUACUGAAGUUUGCGAUUGAUGUCUGCAAAGGAAUGGAGUAUUUGCAUCAAAAUCACAUAAUUCACCGGGACCUGAAGACAGCAAAUUUGUUAAUGGAUGCAGACAAAGUUGUCAAGGUAGCAGAUUUUGGUGUUGCCCGGUUCCAGAACCAAGGAGGAGUGAUGACCGCGGAGACUGGGACGUAUAGAUGGAUGGCACCUGAGGUCAUAAACCAUCAGCCCUAUGAUCAAAAGGCUGAUGUAUUCAGUUUUGCUAUUGUACUGUGGGAGCUAGUGACAGCCAAGGUUCCGUAUGAUACCAUGACACCACUGCAAGCCGCAUUGGGAGUUAGACAGGGACUGCGUCCGGAACUACCCGAGAAUGCACAUCCGAAACUCUUAGAUUUGAUGAAAAGAUGUUGGGAAGCGGCUCCGGACAAGCGACCGUCCUUCUCAGAGAUAAGAGCUGAGCUCGAGACACUUUUGGAAGAAGUGAAGCAGGAAACAACAGAAGCAGUAAAUGGGAACUGAAGAUUUUUGGUAUGCAAGUAACCUGAUGAGUAAUACAUUUUAAUAUUACUACACGAAAGGGACAAACCUAAACAAAAUGCUGAUUCACAAUAUUAUUUUUUGGUUCUGUUUUGUUUUCUGUAAUAACGAUCCCUUGU